AUGUCCCAGCUUCUGAAUAGUUACCACAAGCUCCGCGUUCUGCCAACGAGGAGCAAUAACAGCACAAAGACCGAAGACAAUGUUUACAGCACAUUCACCUGCUUUGAAAAGCUGCCUAUCGAGCUAAGGUUGAAGAUCUGGAGAGUCGCCUGUUUUCGUUCCCGAAAUGUCGACAUCUGGAUCACACGAAUCAGACUCUUCUCAACUGUUGACCUUUAUCACACCGAUGCAGGAUACGACAAAAUGAGUCGAUUGUCUUAUUUCAAGUCCGGUAGCCCUCCACCCGUUGUACUUCAUUGCUGCCAAGAGUCAAGGCAGGAAGGCCUCAAGCACUACAAAUUAAGCUUUGGUUUCUCUCACACUGUCAAGGGUGGUUUGACUUUCGCCAAAGACCCCAGAAUCUACAUCAAUUGGGAGGCUGAUAGGCUCUGUUUGAUGAACCCCGAUACCUACGAUGUCAAAAGCUCCGAGAACUUCUUUGAUUUGCUGAAGCAUGAAGGCCUCACUGAUUUGGCUAUUGCAGUGGAUUUGAGGUCGUCUCUGAAUGGCCGAUGCCGACGCUCAACGCUUCGAUCACUUCCUCUCUCGGAAACGAUUAAGCCGUGGCUCUGUGGGAUUCUCGACCUCAUACUGUUUCCUUCCAUUCAUUGGGAUGAAAACGACAAGGAUUGGCCCUCGUCUGUGACGGCCAAGACGCUCAUAGAGCAUGGUCCAGGAAUCACGAUGCAUUGGAAGCCCUUCGCCAAGGAGUUCGCGGUCACGAACAUCAUGACUGUCGUCGAGAAUUCCAGAGACAAGAUGUACGCCGAAAUUACAAUGGCUCGCAACCUACAAGAGCUGAUUCCGAGUCGUCUUGUCACCUCGAAUCCGGGCCCGGAAAUUACGGUCUCGAAUCAUUCAUUCAUUCAUGACGAAGUUGACAACGGAAUAGAUCUCGAUGAACGACUAGAUCAGCACGAAAUGUUGUGGCUGUGGCUUACCACCCUUCCACCAGUGGUGCUGUUGCUCUGUAACGGCAUUCCAUUGCAUAUAGCCUACAAAGAAACAUUCUCCAAUAAAGUCAUACAACACAUCUUUGCCAAGUUUCUGAUUUCUACAUCGCUCUCUGAGUAUUAA